AUGCGACGAUGUUUUGCUUUCUUGUGGCGUCGAGAAAAGCGUCUGCCGCGGCGAUUUCGAGACGUUCCAGAGGAAUUUACGGACAUCCGAUCCUCCGAUUGCAGGCCUUUGGUGUUUACACCGAGGCGGCCAGAGCCACUGCGCGAGGUGGCUUCUCUCUCUGACAUAGUCGUGGAUGAAGCAGCACUGCAGACGAGCUCGUUACAAGGGCUUUCACAGAGGCCGGUAGCAAAGCUGGACCCUGAACGAAUGGGACUUCCACCAUAUCUGGUGCAGUAUUUGCACCGGCGCUUCUCGCACGAAACGUCUCUGCGUGAUGCCUCUUCGCAAAGUGGUGAUGAAGCGGGUGGCUUUCAGGGAUUGACGAUGGUCCAGGCUCGCGCUCUUCAACAUCUCUAUGCUCAGCAAGACGUGGCCCUGUGUGCUCCGACGGGAACUGGAAAAACGUUUGCGCUUUGUUUGGCCCUUAUUGCGCGUCUGAUGCGGGAUGGACCGAUGAAACUUUUUUCUGUCUUGUUCCUCGCACAGAACGACCACCUCUGCCGUCAGAUUGCGCAGUGGAUGCAGGAGAUGUGGUGGUUUGAGGCGGAUGAUCGGUUGGUGUUUACCGCCACCAGCGAGGUGCCUCCUAGCGUGGUGUACCAGCGUCUCACGCGGGAACUUGUCCGUGACGCGGCAGGCAACGUUGUGCGCUCGGUGGAUCGACGCCCAUACGUAUGCGUGGCUACUCCGGAAGUGUUUUGGGAGUUCUUUCAGCGCCGCAAGCAGGUGAUCCUUCGCCGUGAGGCGGCGGCGGGCCGCAGGAAACACUCCUUCGCCCUCACCCCGGUGCUGCCAAGCAUUGACCUUGUGGUGGUGGACGAGGUGGAUGACGUACUCCCCUCCACCCGCCCGGAUGCGGCGGGAAAUCUACUCCUGAAGGAGCUCUACCGCUUUGUUAAGUACCAGGCGCCGGUGCAACUGGUGUUUACGAGUGCAACGCUUGCAGGAUCCACCGUUAACCACGUGCGGCGGUUUUUAAAGAAGAGCGUGCUCGAGUCCAAGACCUCCCGUAUUUUUGAGAGUGAGAUUGUGAGUUUUGCACAAAAAGCAAAAUCGACAGGUAACCUCUCAAAGGUGGUCGUCCCGGAUGGGAUUCAACACUGCUUCUACACCGCCGACACCCUGGAGGAGCAGCGAGAGUGCUUGGUAGCCGCCAUGCAGGAGUCAGGGCUUGGUGGUGAGAGCCUUGCACGUUCAAUGGGGGAGAUGAAAACGCUGGUGAUUUUGCCGAACUCCGGAAAUACGGAUCUCUUUGUUCAACGGGUUUUGGCGCCUGCCCAGCCAAAUGACAAAUUCACCGUGGAGCUGUUUGGCACGCCUCAGGAGCCACGUGAACGGAGAGGAGGGGGUGAAGGCGUGAUUCACUCAGGACCACCUGAGACGUCAAACGUCAAUUCAUCUUUCGUAGGGGAGGUGCCUGUUCGACAAUUUAUUCUCUGCCUUUCCUCUGCGGUUCGCGGUAUUGAUAUCAACGAUCUCACUCAUGUCAUGAUUUUGGCCACUCCCCAAUCUGCCUUGGACUACGCGCAUUGGUGCGGGCGUGUUGGAAGGUUUGGAAUCUCUGGUGUGUCGGUUGUUAUUAUGAGCCGUUUUGCGGUGCGUAAGAUGAGUGGGUUUUGCGACGCACUAAACAUUCCCUUCAAGGUGAAGCGACGGCACGAUAAGAUUGAUGUGAAUGCAGAAAGGCGCGCUCUUGGUCUUUAG